AUGAAGGUAUCGGUGACCCAUAGCAAGAGACUCUGGGAAGUCGUUGAGGACGACAUCACCUUCAUGGAGGAGGAUGAAGAUGGAUUCCUACUACCAUACAAUGAUGCCCUAGUAAUUUCCCUUAAUGUUUUAGAUUCUAAAAUCAAAUAUGUUUUGGUGGACCCAGGGAGUUCAACCAAUAUUAUACAAUGGAGAGUAUUGGAACAAGCCAAGCUAAUCGGAAGUAUUAUUCCGGCCAUAAAGCUCUUCACCGGGUUCAAUUUAGCAAGCGUGACAACCCAAGGGGAAGUCUUGUUGCCCACAAAUGCCGAAGGGGUAAUGAAGACGACCCUUUUUAAAGUAGUAGAAGGCGAUAUGGGCUACAAUAUUAUUCUUGGAAGACCAUGGCUGUACGAGAUGAAGGUUGUGCCGUCAACACACCAUCAACUUUUGAAAUUCCCAACUCCAGAGGGAAUUAAACAAAUAGGAGGAGACCAGCUGGCAGCAAGGGAGAUGAACGCGAUCUCAGUUUCAAGUAGCAAAGGGAAGGAGCAUGCGAUAUAG